UCCAUGUAUUUGCCAGUUUCCUACCUCUUGCUCAAAUAGGGUUCAUUUUAGUGCUUUAUUUCCGUUCUAUCGACUCAAAAAUUAUUGUUUAUUGGUUCACUUUGUUUAAAUCUUGAUUGGGAUUUUCUAAUUUUUGUUUAAAGAUGGAAACCCCAUUUGGAAGAAAUCAAAGCUUUGUUAUUUGAUAAUCCAAAAUACCAUUCCGAGGGCUCACACGUUCGGGGAGAAAUUGAAUCGGGAAUUAUCAAUGUUUGAUUCGAAGAGAACCCAUUUGGCAAUUUCUCCUAGAAUCGAAAUUUAUUUGUAGGACUGGGUCUGGUUAACCCUAAGUUUCUUUCAAAACUCGUGGCAAACAUUUUGCGUGUCUUGAAAUUGCACACGAGUAUGGGUUGUGUUUGUGGUAAGUGCUGUAGCAGAUUUCGACGAACCUCAGGUGGUGAUAACAAGGAAGAAUUGGGGGUGUAUCCUGGUCAGAAUACACAUAUACUUGCUAACCGGUUGGUAGAGAUUGUGAAUGUUCCUUCACACAAUUUCAGGUUAGAGUAUUCUGUUCUUACACAACGUGGUCAUUAUCCUGAAACACCUGGUAAGGAAAAUCAAGAUAGUUAUUGUAUCAGAACGAAUAUUCAGGGCAACCCUGAUGUUCAUUUCUUUGGUGUGUUUGAUGGGCAUGGACAGUUUGGAACCGAGUGCUCGAAUUUUGUUAAGGAUAGGCUCGUUGAGAUUUUAUCAAUUGAUGCUGCAUUACUAGUUGAUCCGGUCAAGGCUUAUAGUGCUGCAUUUUUGGCAACAAAUGAUGAACUUCAUAAUAGUGAUAUAGAUGAUUCCAUGAGUGGUACUACGGCCAUAACAGCUCUUUUGAUUGGGGAUAAGCUUUAUGUUGCAAAUGUUGGCGACUCGAGAGCAGUGUUAGCUGUCAAGGAAGGGAAUAAAAUUGUCGGUCAAGAUUUAUCUCGUGACCAGACGCCAUUCCGGGUAGAUGAAUGUGAGAGAGUGAAGCUUUGUGGGGCUAGGGUUUUGAGUGUUGAUCAAGUGGAAGGGCUUAAGGAUCCAGGAAUACAAUCUUGGGGAGAUGAGGAAACUGAGGGUGGCGAUCCACCUAGGUUAUGGGUUCAAGAUGGGAUGUAUCCAGGAACUGCAUUUACGCGUAGUGUAGGGGAUAGACUGGCGGAGAAGAUUGGUGUUGUUGCUGAUCCGGAAGUGUCCAUGGUAGAGCUUUCAGCUAAGCACCCAUUCUUUGUUGUUGCAAGUGAUGGGGUGUUUGAGUUCCUACCUAGCCAAACUGUUGUGGACAUGGUUACAAAAUAUCCUGAUCCCAGGGAUGCAUGUUCCGCCAUUGCCACAGAAUCAUAUAAAUUAUGGUUAGAGCAUGAAAAUCGGACAGAUGAUAUAACCAUCAUCCUUGUACAAAUUAAAGAAUUGACUAAUAGGUAGAGCAAAUCAGGAAUUUGCAGCGUUUGCUCUUAUGCUUUGAAGCAGUAUCUGGAUUGAAAAUAAGUCUGGGGAAAUCUGAAGCUAUCAUAGUGGGAGGUGGAUAACAUGGUGGAGUUGGCUACUAUACUAGGAUGCAGGGUUGCGCGAUUACCUAUGACAUAUCUUGGGCUACCUUUAGGCGCUUGGUUUAAAAGCACACAUAUCUGGAAUAGUAUUGUUGAAAGGGUGGAGAGAAGGCUAGCGGGGUGGAAGCGUAUGUACCUCUCAAAGGGAGGUCGUCUUACUCUCAUAAGAUCCAAGUUGUCGAACCUCCCUUCUUACUUCAUGUCGUUUUCUAUUCCUAUUGCAGUGGCAAAAAAAUUGGAAAGGAUCCAAAGGAAUUUUCUUUAGGGAGGAUUAAUGCAGGAGAUGAAAUUACAUUUGAUUAAUUGGGGUAUCGUAUGUUCUCCCAUGAGGUUGGGUGGUCUCGGAUUGAGGAGUUUCAUACUGUUUAAUAAAGUUUUGUUGGGUAAAUGGUUGUGGCUAUUUGGAAUGGAGAGGGAGUUUUGGGAGAGAAAUUAUAGGAGCAAAAUAUGUUGUUAUGGAGAGGGGAUGGUGUUUAGUCGAGAGUCGAGGCUCUUAUGGGGUAAGUCUGUGGCGAUAUAUCCGGUGAGGGUUGACGUUUGUAGUGGGGAAUGGUCAUACUAUCAAUUUUUGGGAUGAUUGUUGGUGUUGAGAUCAACCACUAAGAUUGAAAUUUCCUUGUAUCGUAUUGCAUUGUUGCCGUCUGUCAUGGUGAAUGAUGUUUUAGAUAUUCAUAAUGGGAGUAUCAGUUGGAACAUUGCUUGUGCACGGGGUUUACACAACUACGCGCUGUUUUUGACAUCUUUAAAUGAGGUACAAAUCAGGGCAGGAUAUGGUGAUUGCAGUAGGUGGAGGUUGGCACGGGAUGACAUGUUUUUAGUCGGCACUUUCUUUAAAUCUUUAUUGGGGGUUGAGAAUAGCUCUUUCCCUUAGAAGGCGGUGUGGAAGAGUAAAUUGCUACCACGAUUAGCAUUUUUACUAUGGACUGUGGUCAGAGGACAGGUGAUAACGGCGGAAAACCUACGGACAAGGGGUUUUUGUAUUACAGAGUGGUGCUUUAUGUGUCAGAGGGAUGGGGAGUAGCAGACUUGCAUGAAAGCUUAUUCCGGGCUGUAUAGUUUGGUAUGUGUGAAGAAAAAGGAACAUCCGAUGCGUUGAUGAUCAAACAAGAACAACAGAGCAACUUAGAGAAUUGUUUUAUUUCACAUUGUACACUUGGUUUAAUGCGGUGGCUACUAGUCAUAUAGAUGGGCUGCCCAAUUUUAUGAUGUUUCUUUCAG